CAUUCCCUUGUGUUUCUGUUUUAGCAUUUUUGGGCUUCUCAAAGCAACCUUCCCCCAAACAAAAGCCUUUGGUUUUGGAGAAGAAAACGGAAUCAGCAAUUUUUCAGGUGUGUGGUGAAAAUGAAACAUCUGUACAAAACGCCCUCUCCUGCCUACAGAAUCUGAUGGAAAAGGAACAGAGUCUUUACACCAGUGAAGAGGAAUGUAUCAGAGACUUUGAUGAAAAGGAAUAUCAGGAAUUGAAUAAGCUGCAGAAGGACUUGAAUAUUUUGGUGGAAUUGGACCAUCAGAAACCUUUGAUUAAGGUUUCAGGAAUUAGCAGAGAUGUGGAACAGGCUAGAAAUGCAGUUGAGGAGAUGAUCAAGACAGUUAGAUCAGCCAAAGAGCAGGAAUCCAGAGCAGAUUAUAUCACUGAGUUUGUAGAAUGGCAAUAUGACGACAAUAACACUUAUCGUAGUUUUGACAAAAUAACCAAUAUGAAAUUGGAGGAGGCAAGAAAAAAACAGGGAAAAACAGUUGAUGUCCAAAUUAAUAAUCAGAACUACACAGUGGACAUGAAAGCAUGCAUUGCUACAGAUGCAAACGGACACAGUUUACAAAUUCAGCGCAUCACAAAACCUCAAGUUGAGAUCCCUGGACACUGGAGUGAUAUGAAGCAGCAGCGUGUCUGUCUGGUUGAGCUACAGCCUGGCCAACCAGAAUACAGCAAAGUGGCAGAUGCCUUCAAUCAGACCUGCUCACAAUUCAAGAUAGAGAAGAUUGAGAGAAUCCAGAAUCCAAGUCUCUGGCAGCACUACCAGACAAAGAAAAAAACCAUGGAUGAUAAGAAUGGCAAUACACAAAAUGAGCAGCUGCUCUUCCAUGGGACAGAUGCUGACUCCUUGCCACAUGUCAAUCAACAUGGCUUUAACCGCAGUUAUGCAGGAAAGAAUGAUCAAAGGAUCCUUGUCACUGAAGUCAGACUUUCUUCAGCGUCUCUUUCAUAA